AUGCUGCCGACGUAUCACAGGGGAGGGUGUCCCUGCUUUCCCUCUCUGAUCCCUCCCGCCACCCUCACGUCCUUCCUAUCGAAUUUCUGUCACAGGGUUGCACAUCUUUCUUUGAUGGAUUUGCAGUUCUCGCUUGCUCAGUUUUAUCUGCUUUUGUUUUCGCCUCGCAAAGUGUAUGAGUUUGCCAGUAUUCGGAAGAAACAGAAAAACUAUUACGCCCGAGAUGACCCAGGCUUUCUCCUGCUGCUCUUCUUCUUCUUUCUGGUCACUGGUGUCGUGUACGCUCUGGCCUUCUCUCAAUCGGCUCUAGGGUUCCUAUUUACAUCUCUCGCUCCCCCUGUCUACUUGCUCCUCUCGUCGUUUGUUCUUCCUCUCCUAAACUACUUUAUUCUUCUUAAUCGUCCCCGUCAUUCUCACUCCCGAACAGGGACUAUUUCCUCACGGUCACGAGAAGGAAGGAAUUUGUCCCCGUCUUCAACUUCAGGCCCCCGCCCUGAGUUUCUCUUUUGUUUUGAUGUUCACUGGAAUGCCUCCUUCCUGUAUCUUGUCUUUGGCCUCAUUCUUUACCUCCUCCUCUUCCCCAUCCUCCGUCUUCUUCCUCUUACAGUCGAACUCUUCUUUUCAAAUGCCAUACAAGUGGUCGGACUUACCGCGUACUGUUACGUCACAGCUCUCGGAUAUGCACGGCUUGGGUUCUCAGACUCUUCACUUCCCUUCUUCCUGCCUGCUUUGGUUUUUCUCCUCUUCGCCAUUGUGGCUACGGCCUCGUCUGUCAACCUCGGAGACCUUCUCAUCAGUGCUCUCCUCUAUUCCCAGAACCAACUCACUGGACCUACAAUGCAGAAAGCUGGAGUCCCCGAGGCUACAGUCAUUGGGUUAAAUGACACGAUAGCGACACCGCCAGCUGCUCCUGAGGUGUCAGUACACCUGGAGGCAUCCGGUGGCAAGUGA